AUGGGCACCUCAUUGAUCGUGACGGGAGAAGAAGAGAAAUCGAAAAUGUCGAAAUUGCUGUUGAUUCUUCUCGGUUCUUCGAUUUUUGUCGUACUUGUCAUGCCAACAAAUGAGCAAAAAGAUGCGCAAAAGAAAGCUAGCGAUCAAGAGAAAUUCCGGAUGAAAUUCGCGCAGACAAUGAUGGGAUCAGUGGCUGAGUCGGAGGCGUGCGAUAAGCUGGAAGGUGACGCCAAAAAGGCUUGUCUUGUCAAGAUCAUCGACAAAGUCAAAGAGAAAAUGGGGAAAUUAAGAGCCGAAGAGGAACGAGUAAUGGACGAUGGGGAAAAGAUACUCCCGCACUUGGAUGGUGUGCUGGAUAAAAUGAGGCUAGAAAGUGUUCUUUUAUCAAUAUUUUUCCCGCUUUCAACCUUGGCAUAUGUGGAUCCAGCAUUCCGAGGGUCAUCUUAUACGCUAAUCUCGUAUCUUUUGCACGGUCGGAUGAAAGGUGAAGCGAAGUCGUGGAUGGAGGAGAUUGUUGACGAUUUUGGGCCGAGAAUGGCCGGCACGAUGGCCUUGGAAAAUACAAUUGACGCAAUUGCGCAGAAACUUCGGAUUGAAGGCUUUCAAAAUGUGCAUACCGAGCCAGUGCCUGGAAUUCCGCACUUUGUUAGGGGAGAGGAUCGAGUCACGCUUUUGGAGCCAAGAAGACUCGAUUUGAAUAUAUUAGCGAUUCCGGGUUGUCAGCCGGGUCAUGUUCGAGGACAAGCCGUCGUUUUGGAAAGUUUUGACGAUUUCAGGAAAGUCAACGUUCAAGGGAAAAUCGUUGUGAUGGUGCAUAAGUGGAUGGGAUACUCGUGGACGGUGCAGAAUCGGCAAGGAGGCGUUGAGGCAGCUCGCUGGGGCGCGAUUGGGUAUUUGGCGAAAUCGAUUACUCCAGAAAGUAUGGGAAGUCCGCACACUGGAUGGGGAAAAUCAGGGAUUCCAUCAGCUAGCAUCACUUUGGAGGACGCUGAAAUGCUUAAAAGGCUAUCAAAACGCGGGAAACGGAUCGAGAUCGAGAUGAACAUUCGCUCGAGAGUGAUGCCCGAUCCGGUCAUCUCAAGGAAUACCAUUUUCGAUAUUAAAGGAUCUCAUCACCCGAAUGAAGUCAUCAUCUUGUCGGCACAUUUAGACUCAUGGGAUGUAGGACAGGGAGCUCUCGAUGACGCAGCUGGUUGUUCAGCCGUUUUUCACGCAAUGAAAGCGAUCAAGCAAUUAGCCGAAAGACAGCCGAGAUUUCAACCGAAAAGGACAAUUCGCGGAAUUUUCUGGACAGCUGAAGAGCAAGGGUUCUACGGAGGUCGACAGUACUAUGCUGAUCACGGGAAUGGACAGCACGGGGAAAAGUUCGUUUUCGUCUCCGAGUCCGACAAUGGAGCGUUUAAACCGACGAAUUCGACAGCGAACCUCGCAUUCAAAGGAACGAGGGAACAGAUGGAUAUAAUGAAUGAGAUUGUGACGAUUAUCAACUCUUACGGAAUCCCCUUGAAAGUCAUUCACAGUAAUGGACAAGGUGAUGUGCAACAGUUUGCCGACGAUGGAGUCCCAUCGACAAUGUAUAUUUCGGAUAAAGGCUGGGAAUUCUACUUCAAUUUCCACCACAGCGCCGGCGAUUACGCGGACAAAUUGUCGGCCGAAGAUCUCGAUUAUACAGCGGCAAUUUUCGCUGUUUUAGCACACGUCAUCGGCAAUAUGAGAGAAUGGGUUCGA